CAUCACCACAAAACGAAACGACAAACACAGUCAUCUCUCUUUCUUUACACAAACGCAGAUGCCGAGCGCGUGUUGGAAAUUUUUUCUAGUCACCCUACUCGCAGCCAACUGCAUUAUUCGCAUUAAUUAAACAGUGGUCACAACGCUCGGCUUGUUGUGCGAAAAGAAUUUGUGCGUGUGUCACGGUCUGGCGCUCGGAACCGAAAGGAAGCAGAGAGCAUUUUUGCGAGUGUCUUCAGGGAACGCCAGCAUGACCAGGAGCGACGUCGAGAGGGCCCUGAAGACGCCGGCGGCCGGAUCCAAGACAUGGCAAGUGCUGGCAACCAUCAUAGCUACCAGCGCUCACUUUUCGUCCGGCUACGCGGUCGGAUUCCUCUCGCCGGCGAUUCCGCUCAUCCGCAAGCAGCACCUUCCUGACCUGACCGAAGAUCAGGAGGGCAACCUGGGCUCCCUGAUGCUCCUGUCAGGAACCCUGGUCAGCCCUUUGGCAGCCGUUUUGGCCGACAGUCGCAUCGGCCGCAAAGGCACUUGCAUCCUGACAGCCAUUCCGUUCAUCGUUUGCUUUUCUCUCAACAUUCUUUUUCCAUCUUCCAUCGUGGCUCAUUACUGCGCUCGAUUUUUCGUCGGAAUUUCUGCCGGCACUCUAACAAUAGUGUGCCCUUUGUAUAUUUCCGAGAUCUCAGAGCUCUCGAUUAGAGGUUCUCUCAACUCUCUGGUGGUGAUUAUGUUCAACUCUGGCCUCUUCGUUGCUUAUCUCGCAGGAAUCUGGAUUCACAGUUUUGUCCUGCUUUCCGUCCUCGGCCUGGCUCUCAUUUUGAUAUUCCUCACUGUGUGUUGGUUCAUGCCCGAGUCUCCAGAGUUUUUACUAAAACACGGCCACAAAGAGGCGGCCGUCCGCUCUUUAAGGAGACUCCGAGGCGCCAAAAUUGACCUCCAAGAGGAGAUGAAGUACAUGGAAAUCUCCAGAGCAGACAACACUGAAGAUGAUGAGUUAUCAACCUGGAGGAAAUUUGUCAAAGUUUUUGGCACCCCGUCGCUUCGGAAGGCAAUUUUCAUUCCGAUGAUUUUGAUGUUUUUCCAGCAAUUCGCCGGAAUUAUUGCUGUGAUCUCUUACACCUCAUCGAUUUUUUCUAUGGCUGGUUCAACUUUGGACCCAAAUGUGGCUGCCGCAGUGAUCGGCCUCAUCCAAUUGGUGGCCACUUUUGGGACAACGGCCGCCGUCGACCGACUGGGUAGGAGGCCCCUUCUGCUUACUUCCAGCAUCGUCACUGCCCUUUCGAUGGCAACCCUAGCCUUGUACUUCCACUUGAAGGCAAACGACGUGGAUUUGAGUUCGUUUGGUUUGGUGCCUUUGGUGGCCCUUGUCGGCUACAUCUGCUUUUUCUCCCUUGGCCUUGGUCCGGUUCCGUGGGUCAUCCUGGGCGAGAUUUUCACCCCCGACGUCAAAACCCUGUGCACCACCAUUGCGAGCAUGUGGGUGUGGGGGCUGUGCACAAUUGUGGCCAAAAUUUUCCCCACCCUGGUGGCGGCCCUGGGCAUCCACUGGGUCAUGUGGGCCUUCAGUCUGGGCUGCGUCCUCGCCCUCGUUGCUUCCUGCUUCACCCCCGAAACAAAGGGCAAAUCCCCGUCUCAAAUACAAGAAAUGUUGGCACCUAAGCGAGGGCGCAAAGGUUGAAUUAAGAAACUAUAUUUUGAAGAUUUCCACGCAUAAAUUUUGUGCUGGGCCCUGCCAGAUCCUUGACACUCUCUCCCACCUGUAUAAAUUUGAUUUGAAUAAAAUUUCUCGUGCCUUAUUUUAAU